GCCCGAUGGGCCGGGGAGGCCGCGCUCCGCGAACAAAAGGCGGCGGCGGCGGCGCGAGCGGGGCCGGAGCGGCAGCGGAGCGCGGCGGGAGCGGCCGAGCGGGGCUGUGAGACUAGGUAGCCAUGUCAGCCAAAGCCAUCUCUGAGCAGACGGGGAAGGAGUUUUUGUACAAGUACAUCUGCACGUCCUCUGCCAUCCAGAACCGCUUCAAGUAUGCCCGGGUCACCCCCGCCACGGACUGGGCACGGCUCACCCAGGACCACCCGUGGCUCCUGAGCGAGCGUUUAGUGGUGAAGCCAGAUCAGCUCAUUAAGAGACGUGGGAAGCUUGGCCUGGUUGGGAUUAACCUCACUCUGGAUCAGGUGAAGGUUUGGCUCAAGCAGCGCCUGGGCCAGGAAACCACGAUUGCUAAUGCAAAGGGAAUCCUAAAGAACUUUCUGAUUGAACCCUUCGUCCCUCACAAGCAGGAGGAAGAGUUUUAUGUGUGCAUAUAUGCUGCCCGUGAGGGAGACUAUGUGCUCUUCCACCACGAAGGGGGUGUGGAUGUGGGAGAUGUGGAUGCCAAAGCUCAGAAGCUGCUCGUGGCCGUGGAUGAGAAGCUCAGUGAGUCGGAUGUGAAGAAGCAUCUCCUGCAGCAUGCACCAGCUGACAAGAAGGAUGUCUUGGCCAGCUUCAUCUGUGGCCUGUUCAACCUUUAUGAAGAUCUGUAUUUUACGUACCUCGAGAUCAAUCCAUUAGUGGUGACUAAGGAUGGUGUUUACAUCCUUGAUCUGGCUGCGAAGAUUGAUGCGACGGCUGACUACAUCUGCAAAGUGAAGUGGGGGGAUGUGGAGUUCCCCCCUCCUUUUGGCAGGGAAGCUUACCCUGAGGAAGCCUACAUUGCUGACCUGGAUGCCAAGAGUGGGGCCAGCCUGAAGCUCACGAUCCUGAACCCCAAAGGCAGGAUCUGGACCAUGGUGGCUGGUGGUGGUGCUUCAGUGGUGUACAGUGACACCAUUUGUGACCUGGGGGGUGUGAAUGAACUGGCAAACUACGGGGAGUACUCAGGAGCCCCGAGCGAGCAGCAGACCUAUGACUAUGCUAAAACCAUCCUCUCCCUCAUGACCCGAGAGAAGCACCCAGAAGGGAAGAUCCUGAUUAUUGGAGGCAGCAUUGCAAACUUCACCAAUGUAGCAGCCACCUUUAAAGGCAUUGUGAGAGCAAUUAAGGACUACCAAGGCCCUCUGAAGGAGCAUGAGGUGAGGAUCUUCGUACGAAGAGGAGGCCCGAACUACCAGGAAGGCUUACGUGUCAUGGGAGAAGUUGGGAAGACCACAGGGAUCCCCAUCCAUGUGUUUGGCACGGAGACCCACAUGACUGCCAUCGUGGGCAUGGCGCUGGGCCACCGGCCCAUCCCCAACCAGCCGCCCGCCGCCGCCCACACCGCCAACUUCCUCCUCAACGCCAGCGGCAGCCCCUCGACUCCAGCACCAAGCAGAACUGCCUCCUUCUCUGAGUCCAAACCAGAUGGCAUUGCUCCAGCUAAGAAGGCAAAACCAACAGCACCUCUUGGUAAAGCCACAACGCUGUUCAGCCGCCACACCAAGGCAAUCGUGUGGGGGAUGCAGACCCGGGCUGUCCAAGGAAUGCUGGACUUUGAUUACAUUUGCUCCCGGGAUGAACCCUCCGUGGCUGCCAUGGUUUAUCCGUUCACUGGAGACCACAGGCAGAAGUUCUAUUGGGGCCACAAAGAAAUCCUGAUCCCAGUCUACAAGAACAUGUCAGAUGCCAUGAGGAAGCACCCAGAGGUGGAUGUUCUCAUCAACUUCGCGUCCCUGCGCUCUGCCUAUGACAGCACUGUUGAAACCAUGAAUUAUCCUCAGAUCCGCACCAUUGCCAUUAUUGCUGAGGGCAUUCCGGAAGCCCUGACACGCAAACUGAUCAAGACAGCUGAUAAAAAGGGAGUCACCAUCAUUGGGCCUGCAACUGUUGGUGGGAUCAAGCCAGGUUGCUUUAAAAUAGGCAACACAGGAGGCAUGCUGGAUAACAUCUUGGCAUCGAAGCUGUACCGCCCUGGCAGCGUGGCCUACGUGUCCCGCUCUGGAGGGAUGUCCAACGAGCUCAACAACAUCAUCUCCCGGACCACUGAUGGGGUCUACGAGGGGGUGGCCAUAGGGGGAGACAGAUAUCCUGGUUCAACUUUUAUGGAUCAUGUCUUGCGUUAUCAGGAUACUCCAGGAGUGAAGAUGAUUGUAGUACUGGGGGAGAUUGGAGGCACAGAAGAGUACAAGAUCUGCAGGGGUGUUAAAGAAGGCCGGAUCACCAAGCCAGUGGUGUGCUGGUGCAUUGGUACUUGUGCCACCAUGUUCUCCUCAGAGGUGCAGUUUGGCCAUGCAGGAGCUUGUGCCAACCAGGCCUCUGAAACCGCUGUAGCAAAGAACCAAGCCUUAAAGGAAGCUGGAGUGUUUGUUCCCCGGAGUUUUGAUGAGCUGGGAGAGGUCAUUCAGUCUGUGUACCAGGAUCUUGUGGCCAAAAGAGUGAUUGAACCAGCUGAAGAAGUGCCUCCUCCAACUGUGCCAAUGGAUUACUCCUGGGCAAGGGAGUUGGGGCUGAUUCGCAAACCAGCUUCCUUCAUGACCAGCAUCUGUGAUGAGCGAGGACAGGAGCUGAUCUAUGCUGGGAUGCCCAUCACCGAGGUCUUCAAAGAGGAGAUGGGAAUUGGAGGGGUUCUAGGCCUGCUCUGGUUUCAGAGGAGGUUACCCAGGUACGCCUGCCAGUUCAUUGAGAUGUGCCUGAUGGUGACAGCAGACCACGGGCCAGCCGUGUCCGGAGCCCACAACACCAUUGUCUGUGCCAGAGCUGGCAAAGAUCUGGUUUCAAGCCUCACUUCAGGACUUCUUACUAUUGGUGACCGGUUUGGGGGAGCACUUGAUGCUGCAGCCAAAAUGUUCAGCAAAGCUUUUGACAGUGGGAUUAUCCCCAUGGAAUUUGUGAAUAAGAUGAAGAAAGAAGGGAAGCUGAUCAUGGGCAUUGGACACCGAGUAAAAUCGAUAAACAACCCUGACAUGAGAGUUCAGAUUCUCAAGGACUAUGUGAAGCAGCACUUCCCAGCCACUCCUCUGCUGGACUACGCGCUUGAAGUAGAAAAAAUCACAACUUCCAAGAAACCAAACCUUAUCCUGAACGUAGACGGCUUUAUUGGAGUGGCCUUUGUUGAUGUGCUCAGGAAUUGUGGCUCUUUCACACGGGAAGAAGCAGAUGAAUAUAUUGAUAUAGGAGCUCUCAAUGGCAUCUUUGUACUGGGCAGGAGUAUGGGAUUCAUUGGACACUACCUGGACCAGAAGAGAUUGAAGCAGGGUCUGUACCGUCACCCCUGGGAUGACAUAUCCUAUGUCCUACCAGAGCACAUGACCAUGUGAGAAGCUGGUGUUGCCUUGGAGUGCACCAGGACAGAACCUGUCCAGGGGACAGCCACAGUGGGACUGUGAUGUAUAAAGAUGAUUAUUGGGACAGAGAUGUCGAGCUGCCUGGUCAAACUGUGCAAAGCGACUGUUUUAUAAGGAUAGAAACUUACUCUAAUAAAACCAAAACUUGUGCUAUUCCCUCUGUUAACCUGCUGUAUUUAAUACUCUCUCUCACACUUUUAUUUUUCCUAUUCUCAUUUCAUUUUGUUUCCAGAAGUGAUUUAGGGUUUGGGGGGGGAGAAUUUGGCUCAUAGGUAUGCCUUACUGAUCUCUGGUAACAACCUCUACCUUUCCCAUGAAAUGGCCCAUAAGCCAUCACUUUGGAUUUUUUUUUUUUGUUGUCUGUUUUUUUCAAUUUGUUUACCAUGUUCUUAUCCUUGGUCUGACUGUACCUGAAUCCUGGGACCACUGCUAAAGUAUAACCAAUGUUAUUCAAGCUGGUGUAGUAAUUUAAAGUGUAAAGUUGUAACAUACUGCUGUGAAAACUGUGAAAUCCCUGUAUUCCAGUGUCUGUAUUUAUGCAAACAACCUCUCCUUUCCUCUGACUGCUGCUCUUGUGCACUGUCACUCAUGUAAUCUGCAGCUGCAAAAAUAUCUCAGUAAUAAUUUCAGUGUCCUCCUUGUCUGUGUGCUGCAACCAAACGCAAAUAAAUACACAUUACUAAUUUA